ACACACCUAUUCCAAAAGUUGUUGAACAAUAUGGAGAUUAUGAAGUACAAUUUUCAAGAUUUUUACAAAGAGCCAUUGAAAAUGACCCAAACAAAGAUUUAUCGUUAAAAAUCAAGUCUUACGAAGUACAAAAAUUGGAGUUUCCGAAUGACGACGAACUUUUGGAAACCGAUGGCAUAAUAAUUUCAGGGUCUGCUGCCUCUGCAUAUGAUGACAUUCCUUGGAUAAAUCGCCUUGUCGAUUUUACAAAAUUUAUCAUUGAAAAGCAUACCAACGUCAAAUUGAUUGGAGUUUGUUUUGGGCAUCAAAUCGUUGCCAGAGCCAUGGGUGGAAAAGUUAUCAAAAAUCCUAUUGGCUGGGAGGUUGCAGUAACAGAGAUUUCAUUAACCGAAGCCGGAAGAAAAUUCUUUGGUGAUGAUAAGAGAUUCUUGGUAGGUUAUCACAAAACAAUAAUUGUAUUUAAAACUACGAUUAACAAGAAUAUUUUAAAGCGUCUUCAAGAAAUGCACCAGGAUCAUGUCUGCCUCGUUCCUCCAAAUUUUAUUAACUUGGGAUAUACGACGAAAUCUUCUGUUCAAGGAAUGUUAAAGGAAAAUCAGGUUGUCACCAUUCAAGGCCACCCAGAAUUCGUUGGGGGCGUAGUCAAAGAAUUGAUCAAGUAUCGACAAGAAAAAGGUAUUUUUGAUCCUCACUUUUCCCAAAUGUGCCUGAAAGCGUCAGACCGAGACGAUGAUAGUUUAUUGGUUGGUCAGAAAUUUAUAGAAUUUAUCAUUGGACCUAGAUGA